CGAAAUUCCGGGUGAAGUGAAUGUUAGGAUGUCUUCACAUGUUUUAUUCCAAGAAUAUGAAGCCAUAUCUAUUUGUACUGUAAUGCAAGUCUUUGGAACGGUUUCAUAUAUUUCAUGUAAUCGGUCAAGCUGAAUACUGUUAAUAGAAACUCUUUACAUCCAUUAUUGAAUAUCAGAUUUCAUAUUCAUUGAAAAUAGUUGCUGAUAUUCAUUGUUUUGAUAAAGAAACAUUAUGAAUGAUAGUUUGAUUGCAGUUAAAACGAUCAAUCCAACAUGGAACGAAAAACGUCAUAAAUUUCUAAUAAUUUUAAUAGUUUUUGGAAUGAUUUCAAAUAUUAUUCUCAUGGUUAUUGUAUCUUUAACAAAGAGUUUAAUUAAAAACAGUUUCAGACGUUCAUCACGAAAACAUGGUGAAAUAACAAGAUCAAGUGAUAAAUCUCUUCCAACAAAAUAUAUACUUCAAUCUACAAUAUUAUCAAAAUGUUGUACAAUUUCGAACGAUGAAAAAGAGUUCAUCAUUCAAUCCAAGUCGACACAUUCCUGUUGUGAAUUUGAAAUGAAUUGGGGUUGUUGUUAUUACAAGACUCAAUGUCAUAGUCAUUGUUUCUCAACCUCAUCUAUAGUCACUCCAGUACCAACUACUAUAGAGUUGAAUAUUUUAUCAAGUCAUCGAAACAGUAGUUAUGCUGAUGAUUCUGUAACAGAAAUUCCAGAAAAAUUAGAAAAUCUAUCUAUUAAUUCAAAAACAAAUUUAGAUAAAUACAAGUUAAAUCAACCAUGUGAAAUAAAUAAAUCAUUUUUUCUAAAUACAAAUCAACACUUAACAAACUAUGAACAAUAUUCCAAUUCUAAUAUGAAUGAAUCAAAUCUAAGUGAUGUGAAAUCAAAUCAAGAAUUAACACUACCUAGUACAUCAAUCCAUUACUGUCAUAGAUCUUUAUCUUCAUUUCCUAAUGAACAAACUAUUCCAGAUCUUGAACAAACUGCAUGGUAUAUUUUAUGUUUUUUAAUAGAAAUUUUAGCAUUUGCACAAAUUGGUUAUUUACUAUUUGAAGAUCUGUUACCAUGGAUAUCAAAUUUAUUAAUAUUUUAUUAUAAUUUUAAUAUUAAAUUAAAAUUAAAUAUUAAUUGUCGUUUAAAACGUAUGUUUGGUACAUUUUUUUUAUUAUUUGAAGAAUGGUGUCUAUUUCUAUUUGGUAUUGAACGUGUUUAUAAUAUUUAUUUAUUAAAUCACUAUGGAUUCAAUAAAAAUACCCAAUCAAUAAUGAAUGAACGUUUAUUUAUUGCAAUUAUAUUCUCUGCAUUAUGUAAUUAUUUAUGGGUAUUUGGACAAUUUCACUGGGUUAAUUCAAUUAAUUUAAUGAAUCAAACAUAUAAUAUCACAUUGAUAGAAACGGUUACAUGUAAUAUCCAUUAUUUUCAUUUAUUAUACCACAUAUAUGUUCAUUAUUAUUUAUUAUGA